UUUCUCAACUUCUUUCAAUUUUUCUAUUUUUUAAGCUCUUAUUUUUCAACUCAUUUUAAUUUCUCUAACCCCUUCAAGCUUUUUGACUUUUUUUUUUCCAAUUGUUGUUUUCCAUUUUUCAAACAGCUUUGUUUCUUCAACAUCCCAAAACCUAGUGGGUUCUGGGCGCUCAGCGUCUCUUCUGGCGGGAAGAAAAGCACCACACUCACUUCGGAGUUUGGACUCCCCAUUGUCAUCAGGUUAUGCUAAAAGCGGCCACUCCAUUCAGCAGGACAGAGCUCCCAGAAACCGGCGAGACCAUGUCCCGGUUAACAGUAAAAAACGCCGUCGUUUCAGCCUAUCGCUGGCGGCGUCUGUCCAACUCUCUCCUGCGGCCUCUCCACCGCCGUCGCUGCCCGCCUUCCUCCCCGCUUUACCCUAUCAUUCGGCGGUUUGACCAGAUUCGUUGCAUCAAUGAGCGAAAGCUUCAUGCGAAGUCCACAAUAGAAACCAUGCACAUAGAGACUAAACCAGAAGAAAAGAACUAUUCUCAUAUUAUGUGGUGGAAGGAGAUGGUGGAGAGGUCGAAAAAGCCUUCUUCUAUUAACCUAGUUAAGAGGCUCACAUAUUCUAAUCUAUUGGGUGUAAAUUCAGAAUUAAGGAAUGGGAGUUUGAAAGAAGGAACACUUAUUUGGGAGAUGUUGAAGUUCAAGUCUAGAUUUCCUCGCGAGGUUUUGCUGUGCAGAGUUGGUGAGUUCUAUGAGGCCGUAGGUUUUGAUGCUUGUAUACUUGUGGAGUAUGCUGGUUUAAAUCCAUGUGGCGGUCUUCGUUCAGACAGCAUACCAAAAGCUGGUUGUCCGGUUAUGAAUCUAAGACAGACUUUGGAUGGUCUGACAAGCAAUGGAUUUUCAGUUUGCAUUGUGGAGGAAGUUCAAGGUCCAACUCAAGCUCGUUCUCGUAAAAGUCGCUUUAUAUCUGGGCAUGCACAUCCUGGUAAUCCUUAUGUAUUUGGACUUGUUGGAGAUGACCAUGAUCUUGAUUUUCCAGAGCCAAUGCCAGUAGUUGGAUUAUCUCGUUCAGCUAAGGGGUAUUGCAUCAUAUCUGUUCUGGAAACUACAAAGACGUACUCCACUGAGGAUGGGCUGACCGAGGAAGCAUUAGUUACUAAGCUUCGAACUACUUUGUCUCAUCAUUUAUUUUUGCAUACUUCAUUGAAAUAUAAUUCAGCAGGUUAGCAAUGUCACUCUCUUAUUUUUCCUUCUUUUCAUUUUUCCCCAUUGGAGUUGAAACGAAUUAGGGCCCAUGAUACAUUCUAUCUUCAUCAUUGUAUAGCCAUUGAAUUGCUAGAAGCCUACAAUUUUUUGUUUGCUAUGUGGUUCAGUGAUUUUUAUUUUUUUUCUAAUUCUAAGGGUAUUUAAGCAGAGCAUUAAUGUUACCAUGGAGUAACCAUUCCAAAACAAGUGUUACAGAACUAGGGGUGGGUUUGCAGUGGACUAAAAUUAUCUGGAAUGU